AUGGCCGCUGCUGUUCCUGCCAAGCUGAAGGCCGCCGCUCCGGACGUCGUCAAGUUCGCUACAAGAGCUGCACAGAUUGAGAAGUUUCGGCCCAUCGUCACAUAUUGGUGCGAAUACUACAUUCUACAGCAGAUUCUCUCCAGGCAGCUGCAUGCGAGCGAUGAAGAGUGCACAAACUAUGCGAUGCAGCUGAUGGAGAAGAUGGAAAACUACAAAUCGGCAAAUGCUGCCAACGAUGCGGUGGUGGAUGACAUGGCAGCAAAAGCGUACAUUGAAAACUUUGCGUUGGAGACAUUCAACCGCGGCGAUGAGGCUCAACGCGCCAACAAAGUCACAAAGCAGACUGCGGACACGUUCCAGGCGUCCGUCACGUUUAUGGAUCUUCUGACCAUUUGGUCACCACUGGAACCCGAGAUUGCAGCCAAGAGCAAGUUCGCCAAGUUUCAUGCUCUACGCAUAGCUCGAGCCUUCAAGGCAGGAGAAGAUCCAAAUGCUACCAAUCCGGUGGUUGAGCCGCCGCCUAACGUUCCAAUGACUGAUGAUAUUGAAGCUGAACUACGGAACUUGGAGGCAGAUACAGGUGCAUACAAGGCGCCAACAGUGGAGGCGGUUUCGGACGACGGGCAGCCCUCGCGUUCAAAUUCCACUUCGCAGAUUGAAUCCAUGGCUCCACCUCCUCCGCAUGUGGCGAGCUCUCACCAAGGGCCGUCAGUCGUUUCCCCGACUGGGCCUUCCGACGCACACAGCAGUAGAGCGCCUUCCAUAGGUGGCGGCUACUUUCCAGAAGUCCCAGAUGCGCCAGCAAAUAGCGCAUCAGCACCCCGUUUGCCAUCCAGUCCUGCCGACUUCUACAACAACGUGCAACCGCCUCCAAUCGUCCCUCCACCACAAGCGUUCGAGACGCAGCCUGAAGAGCAGCCAAAGGCACCACCACCUCAACAAACGGGUGGACCGGCAGCCAUUCCGUCUGUGGUUCGGCCACCUGUCGCCCCAGUCAGUGCCAAUGGGCCGCCAGCCGGCGGCUAUAACACUGACGAUGACGCGAUCAUGGCCGCCCAGAAGCACGCCAAAUGGGCCAUAUCGGCGUUGAAUUUCGAGGAUGCGGAGACGGCCGUGAAGGAGCUCAGAGAAGCCCUGAAGAGCUUAGGCGCCAGCUAA